UCCAUCAUCUUUAUCCUUUUUAAGGUGUUUUUGUGAACAUUUUCAUUAAAUUUUUGAUAUUAUUAGUUACUAUCAACAUGUCAACAACUCAAAUUAAUGGCGUAACCUUUUGUCGCAACUUUGUAAAUCGUGGUUACUGUUAUGGACUUGGCUGUAAAUAUCUCCAUGUAGAUAGACAAAUUGAAUCUCAUUACAAACGGACUGGUAGAUUACCAACGGAAUUAGCAAAUGAAUGGUGCAACACCCAAAAAAUAUUGGCAAAAAGAGACCCGAAUGUUUGCCAAGAUCAAAAUCAAUCAAAGUGUUUCCGGGUUAAUUGUAAAUUUGGAACCCACCAUGUCUUUAGAACAGACAUGGAUGCUGGAAACAUUGUUGAAUUCACAUUCAGACCUAGCCCUAAAAUGAUGGAUUACUUAGCGCAUAUUUACCAGGCUCCAAAACCUUACUGGUACUCGGAUGUUUUAUGCCACAUCAGAACCCCUUUUCCACUACUGGCUGAGCACAUCAUUAAAGUAUUGAAAACAUUCCGGAUUCAAAGGAGUCAAGUUUCUUUUUAUUAUAAUGAGCGGGAAAUCAUGCCAAAUGAUUCCAAUGUGACUCCAUAUUCACUUGACAUCGGCAAUGGUGUCAUCUUUUUGUGCUCUUUAAAUAUGGCUAAGGUUCGCGGUAAGAAUUUUACAGAUAAAGAAAAGGAACUUCUUGUUUCUCUCAUUGAAGAUCAUCCUAAAAAAGAGUUAACAACGAAUCGAAACAACGACAAAGAUACUUCUAUUGCCAAGAAAAACUUCUGGUGUGAAAUUGCUGAAAGUUUAAAUUCCGCUAGCGGAAAUGCAACAACUUUCAAUGGUGACCAGUUGAAGAUUUGUUUAAAAACAUGGUAA